UUUUAGAAAUCCUAUAAAAAAAAGCAAUUUUUCUGUUCCACAGUCUCUGCAACUGUCUCUCUCCCCCCUUCCCCCCACCGCUCUCUCUCUCUCUCUCUCUCUCUAAUCUCUCCUGCUCUGUUCUCGUUUACGACAGCGAAGAAGUGGGGGCAGAGAUUUCAAAGUCAUCGUCUUCUCCAGUCCGAUCGGUUUCUCUUCUGCAAGAGAUGAUCAAACAAACCCCAAUAGUUUGAAAAACAGAGCAAGCGAUGGAAAGAAACAACAUCCCCUUAACCAAACACACUGUUACUAAAAUCAGAGUAUCUUCAAAAUUCAUCGAGCAAUCCUCCGCUGGAGCUCCGGCGAACUCUUCAUCUUCACUCCCCCGCACACUCCGCAUACUCUGCAGCGACCCCAACGCCACCGAUUCCUCCGACGAUGAAACCCCCAUCGACCGCCGUCCGAUUAAACGAUACAUAGAAGAAAUCAGAUUCGAAAUACGUCCGCCUCCGAAGAUGAACGGAAAGAAGAAAAAGCAGAGAAAACAAUUGCCGGAAAAUCUUCCUCGGUCGCCGGAAAAGCUUCCGAGAUUCCGCGGCGUCCGGCGAAGGCCGUGGGGGAGAUUCUCGGCGGAGAUACGCGAUCCCGUUCGCCGCGUGCGGCUAUGGCUCGGCACCUACAGCACUGCGGAGGAAGCAGCCAUGGUUUACGACAGAGCUGCAAUCAAAUUACGAGGCCCUAACGCCUCCACCAACUUCCCAAACCUAGCUUUUCCGGCGAACUCCGCCACCUCAACGCCGGCGAACAUGAACUUCCCUUCUUCGAGUGGAUACGAAUCCAGUGAGGAUUCCCGUAACGUUUCAAUCUCUUCCCCUACGACGGUUCUCCACGGACUCUCUUCUGAUGUUGUGGAGCGUGAAACGGAGUUGAAGGAUGACUUCAAUGCGUUCGACGGAGUGCUCCAAUGUAAUGAUUUUUUAGGGGAUGACUUUAUGGUGUUCGACAGAAUGCCUGACUGGGGCGAGUUUAUGAAUGCGGAGUCGUACGGGCCGAGAAGAUGCGAAGAGUUCGCCGGCGAGAGAAUUUGCGCCGGCGGCGGAGUUUGUGAAGAAGGAGACGAUUUAUUUGCGGGUAUUACUGAUCUUUUUCCCCUUGAGCCGUUCGACUAAUUGGAAGUCUCCGUGCGUUUGUGAUUUAUCGGCCGAUAUAUCGGCCGAUUUUAG